AAACGGUCUGGGGUUUGCCCAAGCUCCUGAUGUGAAAACGCCACCUUGUCUCAUUCCUGCCUUCGCUUCAUCCCAGAAAGUACAAUGUGGAAAGGAGGAAACCGUUUCAGGAGGCCCCAGCCUGGCUGGCUGGCUGUCCACCCCCCUCACCCCCGUUUGUACUCUGAUGUCAGGAGAGAGGGGAGUAAAAGGACCGGGAAUCUUGCUGUCCCCAUCCCUCCCCCCAACCCUUAAAACCAGUCAGAGCCACCCUAGGGAUGGUUUGGGAGUCUUUGUGGAGACCUGAGGGCUUUCCAACUGAAGACUUUGCGGUCUUUUCAAGUGAAGAUAAGAGCACUGCAGAUCAGCAAGCACAUGGGUGUCCUUGGAACUAGAGAAUCUGAAUUGGAAGGUCGCGGGGGACAAAGAAGGGGAUGUAGUAAAGGCAACACCUCCUGGAGAGGAUUAAUUCUGAGGGAAGGGAAGUGGUGAAGGAGUAGAGAUAUUUGACACUUCUCUCCUCCUGUUUCUGUUUGUGCGUGUUGCUGUGGUUCUGGUCAGUAACUGGAUCAAAGAAGUCUGGAAGCCAUGUCGGAGUUUUGGUUAAUUUCUGCCCCCGGCGACAAGGAAAACUUACAAGCCCUGGAGAGGAUGAACACGGUAACCUCCAAGUCCAACCUGUCUUAUAACACCAAAUUCUCGAUUCCUGACUUCAAGGUGGGGACCUUGGAUUCCCUUGUUGGCCUCUCUGAUGAGCUGGGGAAACUCGAUACCUUUGCUGAAAGCCUCAUAAAGAGGAUGGCCCAGAGCGUGGUAGAAGUUAUGGAAGACUCCAAGGGGAAGGUUCCGGAGAACCUCCUGGCCAACGGAGGUUUGAAGGAAAAACUGAAAUGUUUAAAGAUUGACUUAACAUCCUUCGUGACCCACUUUGAGUGGGACAUGGCCAAAUAUCCUGCGAAGCAGCCACUGGUGAGCGUCGUGGAUACUCUAGCAAAGCAACUGGCACAAAUCGAGACCGACCUGAAGUCCCGAACGGCCGCCUACAACACCCUGAAGACAAACCUGGAGAACCUGGAGAAGAAAUCCAUGGGAAACCUCUUCACUCGGACGCUGAGCGAUAUUGUGAGCAAAGAAGACUUCGUGUUGGAUUCCGAGUAUCUUGUCACACUUCUGGUCAUCGUGCCCAAACCAAGCUACGCGCAAUGGCAAAAAACCUACGAAUCCCUCUCGGACAUGGUGGUCCCUCGGUCGACUAAACUGAUCGCCGAGGACAACGAGGGGGGCCUCUUCACGGUGACCCUGUUUCGAAAAGUGAUCGACGAUUUCAAAACCAAAGCCAAAGAGAACAAGUUCACUGUCCGUGAAUUUUACUAUGAUGAGAAAGAGAUAAAGAGGGAAAGGGAAGAGCUGAGCCGUUUGCUGUCUGAUAAGAAGCAACAGUAUCAAACUUCCUGUGUUGCUCUUAAAAAGGGAUCAUCCACCUUCCCGGACCACAAGGUUCAGGUAACCCCGCUAGGGAACCCCGAUAGGCCCGCUGCGGGGCAGACGGACAGAGAGAGAGAGAGUGAGGGCGAGGGAGAGGGCCCGCUGCUGCGCUGGCUCAAGGUGAACUUCAGCGAAGCCUUCAUUGCCUGGAUCCACAUCAAGGCCCUGAGGGUGUUUGUGGAGUCCGUGCUCAGGUACGGACUUCCAGUGAAUUUCCAGGCGGUGCUCCUCCAGCCUCACAAGAAGUCCUCCACCAAACGUUUAAGAGAGGUUCUGAACUCUGUCUUCAGACAUCUGGAUCAAGUAGCGGCGGCAAGCGUGUUGGAUGUAGGCGUCUGUGGACAUCCCGGGACUGCAGCUCGGCAACCAAGACUACUUUCCUUAUGUCUAUUUCCACAUCGACCUCAGCCUGCUCGACUAGGAGCCGCUGGCCCCACGAGCCUUCCCGUCCGUGCAGACUCCGCAGACGCCGCUCUUUCCCUCGGCCGCGGAACCCCACGGAACUUAGAGUUUGAGAGAAAUUGCUCACAAAAGUUAGUUACGGUUGUAUUUAUUUUUUUUUAAGUUACAAUAAAGAAAUGCCCCGUCC